CUGCUUUACCUACGCCAGCUCCCGCUGCUCCGUCACGGUUGGUUGUGCCGCGAGCGGCGUCAAUACGCACUCGCUUAUCUUUUAUUUCCUUUGGCUCGCGCUACUUCUCUGACCGGUUAUAAGCCUGGACGCGCACGCAUUUAAUAUCCGUCUUCCUGGUUUCGGCUAGGCUAGGCUAUCUACGGGCGAACGCAUAUACACCUUUCUACUCGUUGCUCCUAGUGUUGUUGCUGCAAUUGCAUUCUGCGUGUGUCGUCGCGUUUUAGAUGGACAUUUUCACCAUUUAAGGAUCGCGAGAGGAGGUAUUUGCUGCGCGAGACAAUCCAAGGAGGUUAUUUUAGGGCAUCGUGAAGAUGGGCUUCAGUGAGGAUCUGUGGUGCCACCAAGGCCACGCCGCAUUGUUACGAUUGCAGGACUCCGAACUGCGCCUCAUGGAAGUGAUGAAGAAGUGGAUGACGCAGAGGGCGAAGAGCGAUCGGGAGUUCUCCGCACAGCUGCAUCAAAUGGCAGUCUUAGUGGAGAAGAUGGAAGGUCCUCAGCCAGGGGCAGGUCUAGACUACAUCAGCCAGCUCAACAAGUCAUGGAAUGUGAUGGUGAGCGAGACGGAGAACCUGAGCCGAAUCUUCCGGCAGCACUCUGAGGAUCUGAUGGUGGGUCCCCUCAGCAAACUCACCCUCCUUAUUCGAGACAAGCAACAGCUAAGGAAGACCUACGGGGAGCAGUGGAACCAACUCAACCAGGAGCUGUGCAGGGUCACUCAGACCGAGUUGGACCGACUGAAGUCCAGUUACAAGCAGCUGGUAAGGGAUGCCUCCCUGGCCAAGAGGAAGUUUCAGGAAGCGAGUAAAGACAAAGACCGUGAGAGAGCCAGGGAGCGCUACGUCAAGGCCACGCUGAAGCUUCACGAGCACCACAAUGAGUAUGUGCUGGCGGUGAAGGCAGCUCAGGUGCACCACGAGCUGCAUUAUGGCCGGAGCCAGCCCGCUCUCCUGGGAGCUCUGCAGACCCUACAGGAGGAGAUGGUGCUUGUGAUGAAGGAGAUUCUGCAGGAGUUCUUUGACCUGUCCAGCCUGCUCCAGGAGGAGGUGGGGCAGGUUCACAAUGAGAUGGCCAAAGCACUGAAAGCAAUUGAACCACACAGAGAAUAUGAAAGCUUCAUUCAACAGAAUAGGUCGAGAACUGAGGUGCCUUCCUGCGUGCAGUUCGACUCCAGCCUGUUGGAUGAUGUCGAACUUCUGAUGCCCGAGGAGUUGCAGCUCAACGAGCUGACUCUGGAGGGGAUCCAGCACCGGCUCACCGCUGUGGAGGAGGAGCUUCUCAGUCUAGCAGCCAUUCUUGGAACACAGCAGGUUUCUGUCAAUCAACUGGAGCUGGAACUCGAAGCUGAGGAGGGUGUGGCUAACGCAGGCCAAAGGGUGUACCAGUUCAGCAAGCGUAACGCUCUGGAGGACAGCCGGCAGCAGGUGGUGAUGUCCAUGGUGGCGCGUGCCCGACUGGAGGCCCAGCGGAAGAUGCUGGCAGACAAGCUGCAGUAUCUGGGCAGCCGCGAAGCCCCCACUGUGGGUCUGCAUGACGACCACCUCUCCAUCACGUCCAGCAUUUCAAGCGAACAUGACAAAGACUUCAAGCUUAUAGGCAUGGAUGGCAUUAUCAGUCACUUCGGCAACUUGUUCAAACCCAAGUACACGAGUGUGUUUUACGAUGCUUCCCAGGUGCCUCCCGCCCUGUCUCCCGUCCUGGAGGCUCAGAAGCCUCUGAGUCAGCAGGGCUGGUACCAUGGGGCUAUCCCCCGUGUGGAGGUACAGGAGCUGCUGAAGAACGACGGCGACUUUCUGGUCAGGCAGAGCCAAGGCAAGCAGGAGUAUGUGCUGUCUGUGCACUGGAGUGGCCAGUGUCGGCACUUUCUUAUACAGAACACAGAGGGUAUGUACCGUCUGGACGGUGAAGCCUUCCCCUCUGUACCACAGCUCAUGAACCAUCUCCUCAAAUCCCACAAAAACGUCACCAAGAGGACAAACAUAGUCCUGAAAAGUCCAGUCGUCAAGGACAAGUGGGUCCUAGCUCAUGAUGAUGUCAUCCUUGGGCAAAGCAUUGGGCGGGGGAACUUUGGUGAGGUGUUCAGUGGUCGCCUACGCUCAGACAACACAGCAGUUGCAGUGAAAGCCUGUCGGGAAAACCUUCCCCCAGAGCAGAAAAAUAAGUUUCUCAUGGAAGCAAGGAUCCUGAAGCAGUAUGACCAUCCGAACAUAGUGAAGCUUAUUGGAGUGUGCACCCAGAAGCAACCCAUCUACAUAAUCAUGGAGCUGGUGCAAGGGGGCGACUUCCUCUCUUUCCUUCGCGCACAGGGACAUAACCUGAAGCCAAAAAUGCUGAUCAAGAUGGCAGAAAAUGUGGCAGCCGGUAUGGAAUACCUGGAGAGCCAGAAAUGCAUUCAUCGGGAUCUUGCGGCGAGGAACUGCCUAGUGGCAGAGCAAAGUGUGGUGAAGAUCAGUGACUUUGGAAUGUCACGCCAGGAGCAGGAUGGCGUGUACUCUGCCACGGGGGGCAUGAAACAGAUUCCAGUAAAAUGGACUGCCCCAGAGGCCCUUAAUUAUGGGCGCUACACCAGUGAAAGUGACGUGUGGAGCUUUGGGGUGUUGCUGUGGGAGACCUUUUCUAGAGGAAUCUCACCUUACACCAGCAUGACCAAUCAGCAGACUAGAGAUGAGGUAGAAAGAGGCUAUCGAAUGCCAGCUCCCAGUGGCUGUCCAGCUGAGAUAUAUACCCUCAUGUGUUACUGUUGGCAGUAUGACCCCAGAAACCGCCCUUCCUUCCAAAAACUAAGAGCAGAUCUACAAUCCCUUUACUCGUAACAUCCAAGAUGAUGGUUUCACACCAAAUUACCGGAUGAUUUACUUUAAUUUAUUGGUGCUACACCCAUCCUAUCACAGAUCAAAUUAUGUAAAUAAUACUGUAGCUCAGUGUUUCACUAAACAUCUUUGAUGUAUGUGCUUAUCAUGAAAUAUCUACACCGUAGAUACAUAAAGAAAAAUCCAAAUGCCAUGUCAGACAGCACACUGUUUACUUCAGAGAAUACCAAGCUGCCUAAAAAACAAACUUCUGUUUUGUUUUCUCUGUUCCUAAAACACAGGAGUUCAUAUCUGAUGUUACUUCACACCAGCUCAGAAUUUGAUGCAAUGCUUUUCAUCCAGCAUGUGCAUUUGAGAUUCCAAGCAGUAUAGACAUGGAAGUAUUAAAAAUCUGUGUAUUUGUAUCCGCCAGCAUUAUGCUUUACUGCCACAGGCAUAAUGAAAAAUACCAUCCAACAAAGAAAGCACUUGAGAAAAGUGACACUUCUGAAGGAUGCUUAGAACCUGGUAUGUCGAUAGGCUACAUUUCAUGCAGUGCAUAUAUGCUCCAGGUGGUAUGCAAGUGUUACCAUAAUAACAAUUAAACAUUUAAUGUUU